AUGGGGAGGACCCCCUGUAGGCCAGGAAUGCUGGUCAGAGACCAGAGUCCAGAGGCCAAAGAGCAGAGUCCAGAGACCAGAGUCCAGAGGCCAAAGAGCAGAGUCCAGAGACCAGAGUCCAGAGGCCAAAGAGCAGAGUCCAGAGACCAGAGUCCAGAGGCCAAAGAGCAGAGUCCAGAGACCAGAGUCCAGAGGCCAAAGAGCAGAGUCCAGAGACCAGAGUCCAGAGGCCAAAGAGCAGAGUCCAGAGACCAGAGUCCAGAGGCCAAAGAGCAGAGUCCAGAGACCAGAGUCCAGAGGCCAAAGAGCAGAGUCCAGAGACCAGAGUCCAGAGGCCAAAGAGCAGAGUCCAGAGACCAGAGUCCAGAGGCCAAAGAGCAGAGUCCAGAGACCAGAGUCCAGAGGCCAAAGAGCAGAGUCCAGAGACCAGAGUCCAGAGGCCAAAGAGCAGAGUCCAGAGACCAGAGUCCAGAGGCCAAAGAGCAGAGUCCAGAGACCAGAGUCCAGAGGCCAAAGAGCAGAGUCCAGAGACCAGAGUCCAGAGGCCAAAGAGCAGAGUCCAGAGACCAGACUGUGUUCUGGCUGUGUCUCGGCUGUGUCCUGGCUCUGUCCCGGCUGUAUUAUGGUUGUGUUCUGGCUUUGUCCCGGUUGUGUUCUGUCUGUGUCCCUGCUGUGUUCUGGCUGUGUCCCGGCUGUGUUAUGGUUGUGUUCUGGCUUUGUCCCGGUUGUGUUCUGUCUGUGUCCCUGCUGUGUUCUGGCUGUGUCCCGGCUGUGUUAUGGUUGUGUUCUGGCUUUGUCCCGAUUGUGUUCUGGCUGUGUCCCGGCUGUGUUCUGGCUGUGUUAUGGUUGUGUCCCUGCUGUGUCCUGGCUGUGUCCCAGCUGUGUUCUGGCUGUGUUCUGGCUGUGUCCUGGCUGUGUCCCAGCUGUGUUCUGGCUGUGUUCUGGCUGUGUCCCGGCUGUGUCCCAGCUGUGGUGUGGCUGUGUCCCGGCUGUGUUAUGGUUGUGUUCUGGCUUUGUCCCGGUUGUGUUCUGGCUGUGUCCCUGCUGUGUCCUGGCUGUGUCCCGGCUGUGUUAUGGUUGUGUUCUGGUUGUGUCCUGGUUGUGUUCUGGCUGUGUCCUGGCUGCCAGGCUGGUUUCAGUUGUGGAGGAGCAGAAUGUGGUGAUCAUUAUGUAGACGACGGCGUUAGAACCUGUGACCUGAGUCUGGACCAGACCCAAACUCAGGUCCAGAUCUCUGAGCUGGUCUCAGAGUCUGAACUGGACAGUCCAGGACUGUGUCCUGGUCCUCUUCCUGGUCCUGGUCCUGGUCUUGGUCCCGGUCCUCCUUCUGCUCCUGGUCCUAGUCCAGAUGUAGUUGUUGACACAGGUCUGUUGUGUGUUUCAGUGCUGAACUAUGAGAACGUGGUGGAGACUGGAUCAGAGACGGACGAGGACGACAGGACCCUGGUCUCUGAGGACGGAGGCCUCGCUGAUGGAAGAGGGGGAGGGGAGGAGGAGGAGGUGGGCAGUCCGGCUGGUGUGCCCACCCUGGAGGCCUCGCCCCGGGUCGCACACGCCCUGCUGUCAUACCGGGGCCAGGAGGGCUCAGAGGGCCGAGAGGGAGCCCAGAACCACCAGAACCAUCAGAACCACCACGGCUGGAGACUGGGAGACGACACCAACGCACACCUGAACGGCAGCGAUGACAGGAAGGACGAGUACCAGCCUCUGGGUCCAGAGGUGUCACUGCACACUGUGGGAAACGGGACAGUGAGGCGGCUGGACGGUGUCUCUGAGCUGGACGAGUACUUCCUGAAACGUAAACUGGACGAGGGCGAUGGUCACCCCACAACCAUCGCAGAGUACCUGCAACGCAGUGACACCGCCAUCAUUUACCCAGAAGCCCCGGAGGAGGUGACGAGGCUGGGCACACCCGAGGCCGUCGGUCAGGACGAGAAUGAACACGACCUGCCGCCUGGCACACCUGAUGACUUCGCCCAGCUGCUCACCUGUCCGUACUGCGACCGCGGCUACAAGCGUCUGACAUCCCUGAAGGAACACAUCAAGUAUCGUCACGAGAAGAACGAGGAGAGCUUCACCUGCCCGCUGUGCGCUGACACCUUCAGCCACCGCACUCAGCUGGAGCGUCACAUGACCACGCACAAACCCGCCAGAGACCAGCCGCCGCUGCUCAACGAAGAUGCUGGAAACCGCAAGUUCAAAUGCAGCGAGUGUGGAAAAGCCUUCAAAUACAAACAUCACCUGAAGGAGCAUCUUCGUAUUCACAGCGGUGAGAAACCGUACGAGUGCUCCAACUGUAAGAAGCGGUUCUCCCACUCUGGAUCCUACAGCUCCCACAUCAGCAGCAAGAAAUGCAUCGGCCUGAUUGCCGUCAACGGACGAGUGCGUAACGGAAACAAUGGCAAACCCGGCUCUUCCCCCAACUCCACAACCUCAUCGCCAGGGAGCCCCGCCCUCGCCCAGCUCCGCCACAAACUGGAAAAUGGGCGCCCGCUUGGCCCUCCAGACCAGCAGGGUCAGCUUGACAUCAAAGCCGAGCCGAUGGACUUCAAUGAGUACCGGCUGCUGAUGGCCUCUCAGCACGGGUUUGGGGGACCCGGGGUUUACCUGAACGGCCGUGGCGGGAGCCCCCUGGCAAUCCAUAGCUCUUCCCAGAGCCCUCUUCAACACCUGGGAGGCAUGGGGCUGGACCUCCCCCUGCUGGGCUACACUGGGCAUCUUGGGAACAACUUGAGCGAAGUCCAGAAAGUGCUUCAGAUCGUGGACAACACGGUGUGCAGGCAGAAGAUGGACGGGAAUCCAGAAGAGAUAUCUAAGCUCAGGGCCUACAUGAAGGAGCUUGGUGCCCAGAUGGAGGAACAGAAGCUGGUCCAGGCCAGUUUCCAGGCGAUGGGCCACAGCAGCCCCACAAAAAGCAUAAUCGACUACACACUGGAGAAGGUCAAUGAGGCCAAAAGUCUGAUCGAUGACUCUAAGAGGCAAUUGGACAUCAAGAAGGAGAAACCGACCCACUUAGUGGAUCUUAGCGGGGAAGAGAAAUCCCAUGAUGGCCAAAACCAGUUCCUGCCAUUCUCCUGCCAGUACUGCAAGGAGACUUUCCCUGGGCCCAUCCCACUGCAUCAACAUGAGCGCUACCUUUGCAAAAUGAAUGAGGAGAUCAAAGCAGUCCUGCAGCUGGAGACUAGUCCUGCUGGCCGGAGUGGGGCGAUGGCCUCUGAGCUGCCGAGUAACGACCGGGCCACCAGUCCCAUCAACCCGUUCAAGGACCACGUGUCAGUGCUCAAGACUUACUUUGCCAUGAACACUGAGCCCAACUCAGAGGAACUGCUCAAUAUUUCAAUUGCUGUCGGCCUUCCUCAAGAGUUUGUGAAGGAGUGGUUUGCCCAGUGGAAGAGCAAAAACCACCAUGGAGGCAGUCUGAGGAAAAAGUCGCCCCCUCCCGACCACGGUGGACCAGACCUCAAGCACAGUUUGAGCCGGUCUCCGAUGUCGGUCCCUGCCCUAGAUUUACACGGAGGCUUCACUAACGGUGACGCCUCCCACAGACUCACAAAAGCCAACCAGUUUACAGCCAACAGGCAGACAACAGGGGACAAACCACUAGACCCCUUGGACCACCUGAGGAGCAACACUCCAUCACCCCUCAACCUUUCCUCUACUUCCUCCAAAAACUCUCAGAGUAGCUCUUACACUCCAAACAGCCUGGUUUCUGAGGACACCCAUGGGGACAUACCACUGGAUCUGUCGCUGCCGAAACAUAUGGCACAAAGGCUCAUCGCUGUCGGGGAGAAGCGAUCCAGACCCAAUGGUUUCAUCAUCGAGCACAAAGGGGAGGUGCAUGGACGAGAGCAGGGGUCCGGGCCUUUAGAUCUGAUCAACAUCAAGAAGGAGGUCCUGGGCUCUGAUGGUGGAGGGAAUUCUAUCCACCAGCUGGAGAAAAGCACUAGUCCUAUCUUUGGGAUUAAUCCCUUCGCUGGUGCUCCUGUCUACACCUCCCUGCCACCUCACGGAGCGUUUCCUCCUCCCACCUUCAUGUCUCCUGCUCAGGCCACCAUCCCAGGCCUCAGGCCCUACGCCGGCCUCGACCCCAUGAGCUUCCUGCCUCACAUGGCCUACACCUAUGCCACUGGGGCAGCCACAUUUGCUGAAAUGCAGCAGAGGAGGAAGUACCAGCGGAAACCAGGUUUCCAGGGGGAGCUGCUGGACGGGACGGCGGACUAUCUGUCAGGCCUGGACGACCUGACAGACAGCGAUUCGCUGCUCUCCAGGAAGAAGAUUAAGAAGACUGAAAGUGGUAUGUACGCGUGUGACUUGUGCGACAAAACAUUCCAGAAGACCAGUUCCCUCCUAAGACACAAAUAUGAGCACACAGGUAAACGUCCUCACCAGUGUCAGAUCUGUAAGAAGGCCUUCAAACACAAACACCACCUGAUCGAACACUCCCGCCUCCACUCCGGAGAGAAGCCGUAUCAGUGCGACAAGUGCGGCAAACGCUUCUCGCACUCGGGCUCGUACUCACAGCACAUGAACCACCGCUACUCCUACUGCAAGAGGGAGGCCGAGGAGCGGGAGGCGGCCGAGAGGGAGGCCCGGGACAAGGGAGGAGGAGGAGGAGGAGGAGGAGGCGUGGUGAUGGGAGGUCUGGAGCCCACCGAGCUGUUGAUGAGGAGGGCCUACCUGCAGGGGCUGGGGCCGCUUGGAUACUCAGACCCUGAGGACCAGCAGGAGGACGGCGGCGGCGGUAUGAUCCUGAGGGACGUCAGCGAGGGAGGAGGAGGACGGGAGGAGAGAGAAGUGGAUAACAAGACGUAUGAGGACGUGACAGACAGACAGGAGGCAAGUUUCAGGGAAGGAGAGGAGGAAGAGGAAGAGGAGGAAGAAGAGGAAGGCGACAGCAGGAGCCAGAUGGACGCGGUGAGGGACAAAGAGGGCAAAGACACAACGCAGCUGAUGGACGAGAGUUCACGAGAAGGGAAGACAGACAGCAAGUCGGACCAGAAGGACUGAUCAUGUACAAAAAAAACAAAAAAAACGCUUUGAACAUUUGUCCUGUUGGCGCGAUUCAGCUUCUCCUGGUUCACAGGGAAGAGCUUUUAUUUUGAAGGGGCUGGACAGAAAUUAUCGGGGGGGGGGGGUUAACUUAUCUUACCCCAGUUUUAUACAUUAUUAAUUUACUCAGUUAGUCAACAGAAAACUGUGAAGAAUCUGUGACCUUUGACCUCAUCAGGUUUCAUGUUCACAUCAACAUUAAUGUUCAUUCUUUCAUGGAGAAAGUUCAAACUCAUUUGUUCUUAUUAAAUGUCGCUCAAUGUCAGGUUUAAAAAAAAAAUCUUUUUAAAAUAUCAUUUAAAGUGAAAAGCUGAUUUUAACCGUUAGCUAACAUGCUAGUCACAGCUGAUGCUAACAUGAGCUGGUGAAAAUUACUGUAAUUAAUAAUAACUCAUCAAUGAAAAAGUGUCUGAAGUAACGACAUAUAAACAUAUAAAAUUCAGACUUUCUGGUCAUGAGUAAAACCCAACAUCUACUAAACGUCACAGUGUCAGUUAGUUUUUUGAUUUCCAACCAUAAUUUAACGACCGUUAACGUCCAGUGUCUGUGGGAUGAAACUAAACUUUUACCUUCAGUUAUUAAUUCACAGAUUCUGUCGUUAAACAGUCUGAUCAAAGUCUCGGACAGAACAGAGUUUUCAGUUGCACCAAUGUGAAAACCUUUCGACUAAUCUUUGAAUUUUUGAUUAAAAAUGAUUUCCUUUCUGCCUAUUUAAUUAAACAAUAAUCACUGCAGCUGUACUUUAUUAUGUCAGUGUUUCUCUGUAGGAUGUGAAAAUGUUGAUGCUCGAUAUCUGAAAACCUUAGAGAUCACAGACUGAACCUAAGAGUUCAAAGGUCACAGCUGUUCAACAUGACUGUUCUACUGAUCUGUGACAUUACACUGUGUUUACGUCACAAACAGGAUCAGUUCUGUUUCCUACAGUCUCGUAAAAAGGGGGCGAUCCUAAGAGAAUACUAAUACCACUGCGGGGGGAGUCUCUGAGCCCUCAGUGAUUUUUGUUCAGUCUCUAACCAGAGAUGAUGACCGCCAAUGUCCACGUCAUGAAGCUGGGUGGGAUUGUUUAAAAAUCCACAUUAUGCAAAAAAAUAAAUGAAAUAAAUUAAAAGAAGAAGAAGAAAUAAUAAUGAUGAUCAUUAUAAUGAAGUGAAGCUGUUUUAAUGUACAGUAUUAUAAAGGCCUAAAAGCUGUGUGGUGCUAUAAUGUUCUUAACUUCCUGUGUCUUGUUGUGUUCGAAACCCCACUUCAGGAAAUUGCACUCAACUCCCCGAAUCACUACAAAAUAAAAAAAUUCAUGAAAAAAAAAAAAGAAAAAAAAGAGGGAAAAGAGCCUCGAAUACGUGGUCACAUCCUGUCAGUGUUAUUGUUGUAUUUUGUCUUGUUUUAUUUACUGUGACUUUUUUAUUUUUAUCCUGUUUUAUUACUUUUGCCAACUAACCACACGAUUUUGGGCCUCCUGAUUUUUUUUAUAUAUAUGAAGGAACAUUUAAACCUGUGUGAUUUUCAAAAUAAAAUGUCAAUGUGAGUCUUAAAAAGGAGAGAGAAGCGGGAAUAUGAAGGGCUCAGUUUAAAAGAAGAGAACAAAAAAGGACAGAGCCUUUCAGUGUGUUUUUCUCCAGAGAAAGCCUUAUAUGCAAACCUUCUCACCUGUGCGUUUCUGCAAAGUGCCAUCCCUGUACAGUGUACAUCACCUGUGUCCUGCUCUGCUUCAGUAUUAAAUAAAUAUUUCAUCCUGUUUUUGAUUCGUCAGUAUUAGCAUAGAUAGACGGCAGUUUGAUAGUUUACAUAUGUUUGUGCAAUUUCUGUAUUUUCGUUUGUUUUUGUUCCAUGACAGUAUUUUUGUCAGUAUUACUUUUUUUGUUUUUUUUUAAUUU